GACUUUAUGAAAAGCAGCGAAGAAAUGCAGUUGUAUAGUGCCAUUCGUAGAGGAAAUUGGUGGGCAGUGAAACUUACGGGCUUUAAUUGUUAUUUUUGUGGAAUUAUGCAGUUAGUUGAAUAUUUUAUGUGGAAUUGGUAGAGCAAGAAUGACUGAAAUGAUUUUAACUGGUCCUGAGGCUCGAAAGACAUCUUUUAAAGAUGAUGAUGAGUCGUUGCCUGUAGCACCAAAACGUGCAAGAACUUCAGAGGAUUUUUAUUUGUUCUGCAAAUUUAUUUUGGAGUAUGAAAACUAUGAAGAUUUCAGGGAAGAGUCAGACCAACAGAUAAUAAAAAACUACACUUCAUCACCACUUGGAUCUGGAAUUGAUCAACGUAGUGGAAGGCAGAAAGUAUCUGCAACUCGGGCCAGUAGUUCUAGACAUGGUGUUUCAGCGUAUAGUUCAGAUAAGAUUAAUGACUAUUCAGUUACUGACUCAAGAUCAAAUACAUCUCGAUCACCAAGUGAUGAAUCUGGAGCCAGCUCUGAGGAUAGCCAUGGGCGUGAAAGGUUUCCUUCAAGAUCAAGUAAAUCUUCUUCGUCCACCAGUGACUCAGGUGAUGAGGAGGCCAGCUCUGCCUCAGCCCAAGACCGGAUGCGGAAAGGAAUUCAUUUGUCGGACAAAAGCUCCUACGGGCUGAUAACAUGCUUCUGUAGAAGACCUUAUGCAGGCAGACCUAUGAUAGAGUGUUCAAAGUGCCUUACAUGGAUGCAUCUAUCUUGUGUGAAGAUUAAGAAGUCAAAUAUUCCAGAAGAAUUUUUCUGUACAAAGUGUAAGAAGAAUAAGAAGAACAAGAAUAGUGGUGACUCGGAGCAGUCACGUACAACUUUAUCGAGACAUAAGUGAAAAUAAUAAUAAUAAAUAACAGGGUUAUAAUAAAGACUUGGAAGCCUCGAGUUAAAAUUGCUCGACAGGAACUUCUUGUUUUGCAGCUUUGUGUGUGUGUGUGUGUGUGUGUGUGUGUGUGUGUGUGUGUGUUUAUAUGGAUUAAGUGAGGUACAAAUUACUUGUAAUAGUUACAAGAAUUAAAUGGUUUCCACAAAUUUGAGGUCCCUUUCCAAGCUGGCUUGGAAACUUAUGUCAGCUUGGUGAUUUUGUAAGCAGAUGGUGAAAGUGCUGAUCAUAAAAGUUAUUUUACGUCUAGGCCAUUACCAAUUAGGUCUUUCAAGUGACUGGAAUGACAAGAAUCGUGAACACUUAAUGAAGCAAUAAAAGGAAACAAAAACCUUUAUUUGAAAUCUGGCUGUGUAACAAUGUUGUCAUUGUUCUUGUUAUUGUUGCAGUUGUUGUUUUUUGUACUAUUAUAAGGAUCAACUUUUAGUAAAAAGAGAUUAACAUAUUUAUACCAGCCCUGUUGCUAUCUGAAUAAAAAUCAUGUCCUGGGAUUUUUAAAAACUGCAAGCCUAUUUAUAACAGCUGCUUACUGAAGUAAUGCACCAGUUACUUUGUUUUCUGGAAGAACUGAAGGGCAAACUUUUUCUAUGCUAGUAGUAGGCUAUAGUAAUUAUAAACUUUUUUUAACAUUGGACCAGAUCGUUUGCUCAGUGUAUUGCACGUGUAUAUGUAUUUUCGGUACUGUUGUUGUAUCAGGAAGGUAAUGACCUAUCAGUUGCAAAUGGUAUUAUUAUUUGUUUUACAGGGUGCUAAAAGCUGUGAAAAUGACAUGCAUUAAUUUACAUAUGUGUAUACCUGAAAAUAAUGGGAAAGAUCAAUGUGAGGAGAUUGAAAAAGAUACUUGAAAUGGGGUCUGAGUGGACAGGAGCACCAUAGAUUUAACAGAAAAUGAAGUACUGCAGUCAUUAUAUUUGUUAUUACAUUACUAAAAAGUGUGCUGAAAUGUUAGUAAAACCUCACAGUGGUAUUUUGGCCAGUUCAGAGAGAUUGGACGUGAAACAGUCUAGUGUGUGUAUAGCAAAAUUAGUAAGUUAGGCUCAAAAUUAAUAAAUUAUGCUGUACCUUGUCAAAGAGAGGUUGAAAUGUGCUAGGCAGGCUGGUAUGUACAUUCGACAGUAAUUGAUUUGACAUGAUGUGUAAAGAUGAUUCACUCUACAGUUGAUUGUCCUAUAUUUGCAGCUGUAGUUACACAGAGAAACCACAGAGGUAAAAAUAGAGAAGUAAAUUGUCGGGAACAACUUUUUUUCUGUAUGAAAAAUCAAAAGAAUCAGUGGAGAAGGAAAAAUAUAAAUUCUAGAAAUAAUCAGGUUAUAACCAUAGUUCAAUGUCUCGAAAGUAUAGUUCAGUAGAUUAAACUACAAAACAGGAAAUAUUCAGCACAACGCAGAAUAAUUGCAGUUCUUCAGUUAAAUGGAAAACUGGCAAGUAAAUAUACCAAAAACUGCUGUGAACAUUGGUAAAAAGUUACAGGUGUCAUCACAGGUUUCACUCGGGUAGUUUUCUCUAAACUAAGCCAUUCAAGCAAUGAUCUCUACCUAAACUGCAGUUUUCUGAACAUGCCUGCCAAAGGUACUCAUGAUUUAUUUCUUGCCUAACUGCAACAUGGGGGCCAUGUAGUGUCAAUAAAAUGAGGGGGGGGGGGGGGGGGGGGGGGAAUUCUGAUUCUAAACCCGUGUGGCUGUUGCAGUUUUCUGCUAGAGACAAUGGCCGAUCUGUGCACGAUUUCAAAACUAUUGUGUGCUCUGGACAUUGAGUGUCUGAUUAGAAAAUUAGUUCUGUUGUAUUUCACUUAUACUUCACUCAGAUGUUGUGGUCCUGAAAAAACAAUGCUGUGGAAAAUGCUAAACUUCGUACUAUAUUUGCCAGAUAUUUAAGUAUGUGUAAUUCAUAGCAUUGAGUGUCAUAAAUAGUGUAGACUCCUGUUGAAUGCUGUUGAGUGUUUGCUUAGAUAUGCCACUGCAGAUCAUAAAAACUAUGAAUUAUGCAAGUACUCUUUAAGUAUAAACUGAUAUUAAAAUGUGGAGCAACACCUACCUUGGAAUUUAAAUUGUAUCUGAUGUGAUGCAUUGCCUACCAGCAUUUUUGUUUUCACUCUGUAUUGCUUUUAAACGUGCACUAGUUGUCACUUGCUCCAUCCCACUACAGCCGCCUAAUGCCUGAGUGCGAAGUACUGUGACAACCAGAGCGCCCCACUAGUCAUGGUAUGUUGAAAGUAAUAGAAAAGGAGAGGGCAGAUGGACACAGCUGCCCAGUGUGUGUGUGUGUGUGUGUGUGUGUGUGUGUGUGUGUGUGUGUGUGUGUGUGUGUGUGUGU